AUGUUCUACAGCCACGAGGUAUUAACCUCCCGUAAAUAUGGAGUGGCUACAGUGUGGCUGGUCGCUACCUUGGGGCAGAAGUCGGCCCUCAAGAAAGUCUCCCGCAAGGCCAUCCUCGACGUGGACGUUGCGAAGGCCUGCGAGACGAUCGUUGCACCUGACGCGCCUCUAGCACUGCGGUUGCAGUCAAAUCUGCUCUUUGGCCUCACACGCGUCUACGCGCAACAAUGUGGCUAUGUCUUGACAGACGCCGAGACCGCCCGCAACAACAUGCGUCAAGUGGUCAGGUUGAUGAAGCAAGCCGACCUCGAGAAAGAAGGCGGCAACAAGGCCAAGCCCGAACAGCUCAUACUGCAAGACGAUCCCAACUACUUGCCAGACCUUGACCUGAUGCCCUUCGAUCUCGACAACCUCAACCUCAACAUCGAUGUGUAUCACGACACCCAGGCCACGUUAUCGCCCCAUAGCUCCCAACAUACUGCUUCCCAGCACUCUAUUGGUGGCCUCAUGCUGCCACCUUCGCAGAGCUCGUUCACUGGCGGCCCAGUGGGUGGUCUCGACCUGCUGAGCAUCCGCGGCGACUCAGGCGCUGGAACACGGCGGAGGACGGACAUGGUGCUCGCAGACGAUGACCUUGGCUUCACCAUCGAAGCUGAUGGCACAUUUAGAGAGGAAGAACAAGAGCCCAGCACCGCGCCCAGAGAAGUUCCGGUUGGUAUUGGCGGGGUGUUGUUGUACAGCCAGUUGCAUUCAGUACGUCUGCCGAUCAUGUCUUGCGAACGGACUGCUAACAAGUUGCAGCCACCAAGAGCUCCCACCGAAUUCGAUGAUGGCUUUGUGCCAGUCCAGGACGACUUCACGUUCGAUGACCAAUACAAUGUCGUUGACGAUCCGCCACUAUCACCCUCCGGUCUGGUCACGGCCGCUGCUGUCCGCCGCAGAGAGCCCAAGAAGCGCAAGCCAAUUCCAUUAGAUACGACCACCACCCUACGCAACGGCGAUCUCAAUCGUUGGUCGGCCGAGUAUCUGCAGAACAUGCGCAAGGCAACGGAGCUGAAGAGGCCAGCCAAGCUUGCAGCCAUCGCCAAGACGAAUGCUCGUCAUUGGGUGUUGGGUGCUGAUAGCUUUCUCGGCGAAGGAGUGCAUGGUCCACUCGAUAUGUUUUCUGGUGCGAAAUUGCUCGAGGCAUUCAGACCGGAUCUGAAGCAUCAGAGGGAGAACGAUGAGUCUUCCCAGAGCGAUCGCCGAGUCCGACCACGCACCGACACAUCCUCUGACGAGGCAGGCCGUGGAAUAGAAUACGAUGAUGGCUUCAUGCCAAUCAUGGACGACGAUACCAUCGAGCAAGGUCGAGACGCACCAACCUCUCUAGACGACAGACAUCUGUCCAGCAUCUUCCCCUGGAAUCAGAGCGCCGGAUCUCGACGACCUACUGACGUUGGCCACCCAACUUCUGCUUCCUAUGGUGGUGGAUCACAGCUCAACCUCUUCAGUCGUCGUGGCAGCCGCCUCACGUCAGCUUCACCUCUCGUCGGCCGUGGCGCGGCCGGCGAUGUUGACGAUGAUCUCCAGUUACCGGGAUCCGACUACGCGAAGGGCGGCAUGAACGACGACGAACAAUUCGAGCUGUUCGGACCAGCUGCUCAAGUCGACACCCAAACCGCUGCCCAGACACAAUGGCAGCGCUCGGUCCUCGGUAGCGAAAGCGCAAACUUCCUCGCGUUCGUGCAGAAUGCCAUUGAGGAGGAGGACCAGCUUCGAGGCGAUGACCGAGACAUGAUCGAUGAUGACGAUGAGCCAACGUCUGGGAGUGUGGACUUCGACACGUUGCUUCCGGUCGAGACAAACAGCCAGAUCGUGGCCGCUCAGGCUUUCCUUCACGUUCUGGCUCUCGGUACCAAGAACAUGCUGAGCGCUGCUCAAGACGAGGCCUUUGGGGCCAUCACUCUCUGCGUCAUUGCGGUUUGA